GUUGUUGUUUUUUGCUUUUGCUGCUUCCACCAAGCGUCAAAGCAGUAUUUUAACAAAUUCAAACUACAACUCCCACAAGCAAGGGGUAGGCGAGUCUCCGUUACUCUUGUCAUCCAGUGGAUUUUGAGCUCCAGUGAUCAGAGUUGAAAGUGGGAUUGAAGACGUGAGUCGUUUCAGUAAAUUACAAUCCAGCGCGUACUGUGUAUGGUUGUCAGGUUCGCUGUGCAAAGCACUGCAUUCCUAACAAGCAAUGAAAAUGGAUCUGAGCGCAGUCAUUGAAACUGUCGAAGCCGGGUACCAGGAUGCUGCUAUGAUGGCACUGCAAGCGUUCAAUAAAGAGAAAUGCCAGUGUUUCACUUUUGAUGGUGAUGGAAGAGUAGAAAGGCAGCGGUUGGGGAAGCUGGUGAUCCAGUUCCUGGAGAGGGACCUGCAGCCGCCCUGUCAGCUAGCCUGCCUGGAAACCAUCCGGAUUCUGUCCCGGGACAAGAACUGCUUGGAGCCGUUCGCCACCCAGCAGGCUAUUCAGACCCUGGGCCGGCACGCGGGCAUCGAGCACAGCGAGGGCGUCACCUCUGAGAUCCCAGACCUGGAGGUGAUCGUGGAGGCCCUCAAGUGCCUGUGCAACAUCGUCUUCAACAGCCCGAGCGCACAGGAGGUGGGGGCCGAGCAGCGGCUCAUCGUGGGCCUCACCGAGCGACUCAAGCUCUACAACGACCGGCACUGGAGCCACGAGGUGCGCUUCUUCGACCUGCGGCUGACCUUCCUGUUCACGGCGCUGAGGGUGGACGUGCGCGGCCAGCUGGCUCACGAGCUGCGGGGGGUCAGUCUGCUGUCCGACGCCCUGGAGAGCACCCUGGGCCUGCGCUGGCUUGACACCUUCGAGGUGGCACGAGCAGACAAAGGAGACGAGGACCUGCCCCUGCCCCGCCAGGAAACCGAGCGCAGCAUGGAGAUCCUCAAGAUCCUCUUCAACAUCACCUUCGACACCAACCGCCGCGACGUGGACGAGGAAGAAGCCGCUCUUUACAGGCAUCUCGGUGCCAUCCUGCGCUUCUGCCUAAUGAGCAAAGCAGAUGGAGAAGAUAGGACAGAGGAGUUCCACAGUCACACGGUGAACUUGCUGGGGAACCUGCCUCUGAUGUGUCUGGACGUGCUCCUCACCCCGAAGGUCCAGCAGGGCUCUAUUGAGUACAUGGGGGUGAAUAUGGAUGCGGUCAGUAUGCUACUAGACUUCAUGGACCGGAGGCUCGACCGGGAGCACAAACUGAAAGAGACCCUGACUCCCUCCUUGAACCUGCUGACUGAGAGCGCCCGGGUCCACAGGGAGACCAGGAAGUUCCUGCGGAUGAAGAUCCUUCCGCCUCUGCGGGACGUGAAGAAUCGCCCUGAAGUGGGGAGCUCCCUGCGGAAUAAGCUGGUGCGCCUCAUGACUCACAUCGACACAGACGUCAAGCACUGCGCUGCCGAGCUGCUCUUCGUCCUCUGCAAGGAAAGCGUUUCCAGGUUUGUGAAGUACACUGGGUACGGAAACGCGGCGGGCCUGCUGGCGGCGAGGGGCCUCAUGUGUGGCGGGAGAGGGAAGGGCAGGUACUCGGAGGACGAGGACACGGACACAGAGGAGUACAAAGAAGCCAAACCAAACAUUAACCCUGUAACGGGCCGUGUGGAGGACAAGCUACCUAAUCCAAUGGAGGGGAUGACAGAAGAGCAGAAGGAGAACGAAGCAAUGAAGUUAGUGAAUAUGUUCGACAAAAUGUCCAGGGAUCAAGUGAUUCAGCCCAUGACGGUGGGGCCUGAUGGGAAACUAGCGAGUUUGGAAUCAGCUAUGCAAGGACUUUCAGAACAGAGGUCGUCUUCAGGCUCUGACUCGGACGCUGAGUAAAUGACGGCAAGAGUGUUUAGUUUGUUUCUAUUUAGGGAGGGUGCUGUGUACAGUUGAUAGAGGUUGCACGAAGACUCUUUUCUCAGUUAGUUUACUUGCUGUUUUGUCUGGUUCAAUGUCUCUACAGCUGUACAGUGUGCAAACCAUUCCGGCAAGAUUUUUUUAAGGCAACAUCUUUCUUCCUCUACACCGCAAAGCUUAAUAACUGCAAAUCCAACUCUUUUUUUUUUUUUUUUUUGUAGCUAAUCAUCCUGACUAUCGUUAGUGCACUGCAUGUAAAAGAAGUCAAUUCCCAACUCAUCCUCCCAGCAAGGGCUUCAGCUAUAAGGGAGUUGCUAGCUGCUAGAGUAUCCACAGUUUUGACUGGUUGAGCUGCGUACCAUUGUUUUUUUUUUUUUUUUUUUUUUUUUUUUGUUUGUUUUUUUUUUGCAAGUUUCAGUGGAAUUUUGUCACUAUCUUGCAAAUUUGUAGUGGUUUAUCUGAAUGUUGCCAAGUACAGUGCGCUCAAGGAACCUUGCAAGACUGGUGGAGAGACUGACCAACCUAAAGUGUGAACUCUCAGGCUGCUGGAAUCAGGCAGUAGUCUCAUCUCCUCAGCGAGCUAUAGCUGGGAGAAGUUGGCAACCAACUUCCAUGCAUUGCUUUUGUUAUAGGGGCUGUGGCAUUAUUCAUAUGGAAAAACAAUGUAUAUCCUCAUUUCAUUUAUUAUUAAUAUUAAUUUGAAUUCAGUUAUACUCGUAACAU